UCCUUUGUCUCUGGCACCCAAUAUCCGUUCCCUUUGACAUCUCUUGAUCGUCCCCUUGCAUGAAUAAGGCUCCCACAUCGGACUGUCCAUCAAUCAGUCCUUUGACCUCGCCAUGUCCCGUGCUGAGUCAUCGCAGUGUUUUCGUACACAAAGGGCACCCUGCCGGCCAUGCAACCCCUCCAAACUGCUAUUGCAUCGUUGGUUGGCAGUGGAGCUCAUGCUUUUAUCUCUCGUCAAAAAUUCAUGCAUCGCUGGCGGCAGCUGUUACUGCUGCUGCUGCUGCUGCUACCAGUAAAGAUGGUAGAACGUCGUAAUUCUUUGCUUGCUGUGCUGGUGCACCAGCCAAGUCGGCCCUCGGGUUCGGCCCAGCAGUCUGAAACUGUUCAAAAAGCCCGCUGUCAUGUCGUCAUGCCGGCCCUCUCGUUUCGAAACACCGUGAGAGCACUUCCCUGCCCAGCGAGGACGGGGUAAGAACAGCUAUCAGCCCUCAGCCUCGUCAGCGAGGCGGUGCAGAAUACUCUGCGACCUCAAGCGUCUGAGCGUAU